UCGCAUUAUCUCUUUGUCCGGAAAGAGAUAAUGAUGUGGCUUCUGCAACUCCCUCCUAAGCUCUCAACCCCAUUCCUCCAUGGCCAUGGCAAUGGAGUCACGUCUCUCUCAAAACCCAGUUCCUCUCUCACUCUCACCCAUUCGCCAUCCCCAUCACUCUCAAUUAGGGCCAUGAAGUCAAUUCAGGGAAAGGUGGUGUGUUCGACGAGCGACAAGACGGUGGCGGUGGAGGUUGUUCGGUUGGCGCCUCACCCAAAGUACAAGAGGCGCGUGAGGAAGAAGAAGAAGUAUCAGGCUCACGACCCAGAUAACCAAUUCAAGGUGGGUGACAUCGUGCAGCUCCAGAAGACCCGACCCAUCAGCAAGACCAAGACUUUUCUUGCCGUCGCCCCUGCCAAUAGGCCUUCCAACAAACCCUCCGUCUCCGAGGACCUACCCAUUCCGUUCGAGUCUCAGCAACCUUAGAUUCAGUUACUCUUUAUUUUUAUCCCAAUCCUUUUUCGCUUCGCUUUUAUGUUUAUGUAAUGUAAUGUAAUCUGUUAUCAUGAGAACUUGGCUUACUUGUUGUGCCUUAUAAAUGUUUGAUGAAAUGUUGGAUUGGGUUUUUGAUAAACCCCCAAAAUUUGAUGUUAUGGCAGUGUUAUCUUGAGAAUGUUUGAUGAAAUGUUCGUUUAGGUUGCUGAUGAACCUCCAGAAGUUGAUGGCAAAAUUUCCUUCAUAAUAUCUUGUAUUGGCAUUGUAGUUUACCUUCCCUGU